GGGCGGCCAUAUUGCGCUCUUUGCGCUGGGGCAGCGGCGGAGCAGGAGGGGCUCUGCGUGCUCUACCAGCUGUCCAGGACGGAGCUGCAGGAGAGGCCGCAAAGGAUGCUGAGCUGCGAUCUGGCAAAUUGAAAUAUGACUGAUCAAGAUGAGCCUCAGGCUUCUGGCUCUGAUUACCAUGGUGCCCAAGGUCUGAUACAUGGUCAUCAGGAGCCAUCCAAGGAGUAUACAUGGCAGACAAAUACAAGAAAGGAGUGUUCACAGUCAAGGCAGAAGAAUGCUGCUCCUGGGGAGUUUUCGAAUCAUCUUAACAGUAUAUGUGAAUCAUCAGCUGCUUCAGCUGAGGUUUUACUUAUCAGCAGUGAUUCAGAAAUUGAUGUCUGUGUUGCUCGUGGCAGUGAGUGCCGUCCUGAGUGCUCCAUUGCACCUUCAAAGCAAAAAAGGAGGUGUCAGUCUUCAAGGCAACAAGCUGAAUCUGUUGCAGAAGUGCCUGACAAUGAAAGCUUGUCAGAUUCUUCUCUGUCUCCCCAAAGUCCAAUGAAAUCAUCGGAAGUUUCCAAGCAGCAGAAGUCAAAACUCAAUUUGAAAGCCAUUUUUGCCUAUCACUUCAGGGGAAAGAAGUUUAAAGCCGCCGCACACCGAAAAUACAAAGCUGGCUCAGGGAAGAAAAGGAAGAAAAAGAAAAAAUGUGAGGGCACAAGGAUGCCCACAGGGAGGCCACCACUGACAGCCUCACCUCAGGAGCAAAAGAGGAGGCUGCUGGACAGAGGUUUUCAGUUCCCUUUUGUCGAAAAACAUUAUGGGGAGAAACAUAUUCCCUUAAAGAUGGUUCUUGGCUAUGAGCAAGCAGCUGCAAAGGGAUAUUUCAAGUACAUUGAAGUGCUUAAAUAUGAAGAACAUCUUAAAAAAGCUUUAAAAGCCCUUCAGGCUGGUGAAGACUUAGAAAAAGAAUGUGUGGUGUUACGGAAGCACAAAUACCUAGAUGAUGAAGGCCCCAUUUCUCCUAUUCAGGAGACGAAUGAUGAUGAGGACAGCUUGAAUUCUGAUAAUAAAGAACAAUAUGAUGCCAGAGUAGUGGAGAACAGCUCAUUCAUUAUAAGCAGCACAAUUCCCAGUAAGAAAAAAUCAAAACCAGAAACAAAACAUGCAAAAUCAACUGAAGUGAUUGAAAUAGAGGAUGACGAAGACAGUGCUGAGGAGAACUCCUUGCCUGUGCAAGGUUCACCUCUGUGAACAGCAGAUGGGACAAAUGAGGUGUCAGUGGUCGUUUUUCAUGGCCUGCUUCCUUUAAAGCAUUGGUCUGAAGUCAAUGUUGAGCUAUCCACCAGGCUACCCAGUCACAUCUGGUGUAAUUUUAUAUUGCUUUUGGAGGAUGAAAUACCAGUCAGUUUUCUUGCUGCACGAGAUGAGAACACCAAUGCUGCAGCAGUGGGCAGAUUUAAUUUUUUGGGGAGCAUUUGAUUUAUUAUGGCUGUUUGCUGGCCCGCUGAUUCACAAAUCUGUCAGUUCAGUGAAUUUCUGUUCAACAUGGGAGUGAAAGAGGGACAUUCCUGUGAUGUCUGGAAUGAAGUGGAAGGCCUCUACUUAAGCGACGUCCACGUGGUAGUCCAGUCUGAACUACCAUCUUGGAGGCAUGUAUUUAGAGAAAAUAACAGAAGAAAUGCAGGAUGCCAUUUCACAGCAAUCUGAAGCUUUCUCUAGGGUUAGUAUGACAUUUGAAGUUUUGCAUGUACCUUAAUGACUGAAGAACUCUGGUGGCUGGAAGUCCUAUCAAACCUAGUUUACUGUUUUGUUAGGGUUUCAGGAACUGGUUUCAACACUGCAUUACUGUAGCAUUCACUCUCUUAGGGGAACAAUUUAUUGUAACUUUGAUUUGCCUAAAAAGCAUUCAUACAAAUUUCUCAUUCAGAAAGGAGGUGAUCAGGUUAACUGCUUAAACUGAUAGUUUUGCUUGGACAAGUGAGUUGCACUUCACAGUAGAUUUAUAAGGAGGAUUCUCUACAUAUUUGUAGUUAACUGCCUUUGAUGUUUGCUUUUCAGGUAACUCUCAGUGUUAAAACUUGCUAAUAUGAAGGAGUUACUUCAUCUUCUCCAGGUGCCAGCUGUUGAAAUCAUUUACUCUCCUUCUUCCCCAAAAUAUCUUGAAACGACUUAAAAAAGACACUUAGCAGGAUAUAUACCAGAUACAUUUCCAAUCUGCUUGAUUUGUAUCUGUCAUGUUAAUAUAUAGUACAAGGAAUGCUGAGGUCUAUCCCGAUAGGAUCUUCUCUGUAGGUUCGUGUCGUUGGAAAUGCCUCACAGAAUAAACUUGUGGUUUCGCUUUACCCAUUGAACUACCUGUUAGCUCUGUGGGAUAAAACUGCAAGACAUCUUCAUGUAGCAUCCUAGGAACUGUAAUAAUGCACCGUGUUCUCCUUUAGGUGUCCUGUGACAUGCUUUGAUAGAAAUGAAAAAAAUUAUUCAAGUGGAAAAGCUUGGUGCUUUAGGAUACUGAACGAAGUGAACCUCCCUGUAUUAAAAAGAUGAGCUGUGGAAGAUAAAAGCAACCUGUUUUACAGUGUCUGCUACCAAGUUGCUGCAUGUCAGAGGGAUGAGAAACUCCACCUGAGUGCUACCAAAGUGAGUGUGAAGGCUCUGGUGAUACUGCUGAAAGUCUGCUGCAGUGAGCUACACAGCUGUUCCAAAUGGAGAAAGAUCUUACCUAAAGUGUUAAUUGCAGUUAUUUGGCAUGAAAAGUAGUGCAUAUUGUGACUUGCCUCUUGCCCUCCUGUGAGAUAUGAAGGUGCCUUUGUGUGAUGUUAGAAAAGACCCAGCUGAGUAUAUUGUGUUGUAAUUUGACUGAAAAUAACUUGAUCAGGUGUUUUCCUUAACUUCCCUGUCACUGAAUUCUCACUGUACUGAAGCCCUGGAUAGGUAUUUUUUCUGUACAGAAUGUCACAGCAUUUAAAUAAAACUGUCUCUGAGCUGCA